AUGUCGUCUUCAGAGAAAGAUGAGAGCUCAUUAUCACUGGAGACUCAUCCUCGCAGCCACAUCCCCAACUGGAAAUGGAAGGGAACCCUUGCAGUCCUCAUUCUGACAACCCUCAUUAAUGGCUAUGAUGUGAGCAACGUGGCUAACAUCCAGCCCGCCCUCUACAAGGCCUUCGGCAACAUUACGCUUCUACCAUGGAUCAGUCUGUCCUUCAGCCUCGCGGUGUUUGCCGUCCUAUCCUUCUCCCGGAAGAUCUUGUAUUGCUUCGACAUGAAAUGGAUCUAUAUCGCAAGUGUUUUGAUCUUUAUGGCUGGUGCUGCUGUUGCUGGUGCAGCCCACAAUCUCCCCACGGUCAUUGUUGGGCGAAUCAUCAUGGGUGUCGGUGGUGCUGUUGUUUACCAAAGCAACUUGACAUUUGUCGCCGUCUUCGCCACGCCCGAGGAGACACCUCGUCUGUUCGGUCUUCUGAGCGCAACAUGGGCCGUGGGUCUCGUCAUCGGAGGUCCUAUCGGAUCCGCUCUCGCCUCAAACAGACACACCACCUGGCGGUGGGCUUUCUACAUGAACCUACCCUGGGUAGGUCUCAGUCUUGCAGCCGCCAUCAUCUGCCUUCCUCGCAAAUACCUAGGGCCAGACAUUCCGUUAGUCUCCCGAUUGAUGGCAAUUGACCCCAUCGGGAUUGCGUUCAAUAUGGCGGCCCCAGUACUAUUUGCCCUCGCAUUGGAGUUCUCCGGUCCGGUGUGGGACUGGGGCUCUGGUGCGUCUAUCGCAACCUGGGUAGUUUUCGGAGUGGUUCUGGUUGGAUGGAUCGUCCAACAAUGCUGGUGCAUUGGCACGACUUCCGAGCAACGCGCCAUCCCCCUCCACUUGCUUGGCCGGGUUGACCUGCUUCCGCUUUGGAUCGCGUCUGGCUGUGCGGGCGCAUCGUAUGCUAUCACACUCUACUACACGCCUCUCUUCUUCGCGUUCGCUCGCGGCCACAGCGCCAUGGAGCAGACUGUCCGUCUUCUUCCUUUUAUUUUGGUUUUCAUCGCUGUGGUCAUCCUCGUCGCCGGGUUGCUCCCGAUCUUAGGCCGCUACAACCUAAUCUACAUCGUUGCGGGCAUUGCAACUGUCGCGGGGGCCGGCGCUAUGGCCGGCACACUCAGUCCUGGUGUCUCUGAAUCUCAGGUGUUAGGCUUGGAAGCACUUAUUGGUGUUGGUCUUGGCUGCUCGUUUCAGCACGGGGUUGGUGUCUCAAAUGUGAUAAAUAAGAACCCACGCGACCGUGUGGACAGCGCGGUCAUGUUCAAUAUGGCACAGAUGGGCGGCAUUGCAAUUGCUCUAGCUAUUGCAGGCUCGAUUUUCCAAAAUGUGGGGUACAACCUACUGACGGACGCCAUUGGGGAUAAUGGGUACUCGGAAAAGGACCUGCGUGAAGCGCUCGCCGGGGUAUCGUCAGCAGUGUGGCAGUCCGGCAAUCCCAAGGUUCUUGCUCGUGGAAUCGAUGCCUUAGCUACUGUGAUUGGGCGGGAGUUUUAUUUGGUGGUGGCCGGUGGUGCUAUCUGUCUCGUCUGCGGGUUGGUGAUGAGAUGGGAACGAUUGGAUUACGGGAGGCACAAGAGCAAGGAUGUCGAAACCUGA